UCGGUUUGGGCACCCGGUCAGUACCACAGCCCUCAUACAUAUCAAAUUAGAUUUAUGUGGCGCAUAUGUAUUUGGUGCCUCCUUGUAGUAAUAUCUAUGUGUUAAAAUAAAUAAAUAAAUUUUAAAAUUCAUUCAUAUUGUUAAAAUAUAGUUUAUAUAUAUAUCCUAUAUUCUAAUGAUUAGUUUAGAUUUCAUUUAUGCAAAGUGGUAAUCACUAUAUUGCACAGACGUUACCUCAUACAUAAUUAAUCACCAUUAUUGUAAGUGACUAAAUUGCAACUUGACCGACAUAAUCCGAUUAGCAAUGACAACAUAACUGUGAUCUAAACAUAAUCGUUAAUUAUUAUGAUUCAGUUUUAUGAAAGACAAAUAGUAGUAACCUAAAUAGCUUAUUAAUAAUAUUUGGGACUGACAAUGAUAUAUACAGUUUCAAAUUCUACACAAAGUUUCAACACUCAUAGUAUUUUAACAGGGAAGCUCAAAUGAUGAAAUAUUUUUUUAUUGAAUACUAUAGAUAUAGUAGACUUCAGUGUAAAUGAAAGCGUUUUGUUUUCAUUUAUCUUCUGAAUUAAUUCAUAAUCACCCUUGAAUAAAGUAAUAAUCACAAAUAUAAUUUCACACAUUAUAAUCAUUAAAGUUUUAGAUUACAAUUUACAGUGAGCUGAUACGUUGUAUAAAAUGGUUAUAAUAUUCCCUUAAGAAUAACUGAUUUCAAACUGCAUUAUUUUUGUUAAAAGAAGUGAACAUUGUGAAGUUUUGAUAUGAACGGGCUUUAAGUGUGUGUGCGUGUGUGUGAUCAACAUUAUCUUCAUGUAUUCUGAAGUUCUAAAAUCUAAUCGCGAAGUAUACUUCCUGAGUCUAUAUUUUAUAAUCUUUUCAGAGAUAAUAUUGUGCACCAUUUCAAUAUCACACGUUAGCUAAACGUGUGUUAAUUGGGAUCCAAUAUACGUUGAAAUAACUAUGCAAAACAUCAUAAAUUUUCAAUCAAUGAACUUGAGAACUUUUUUUGCAUUUAAAAUUGAAUGAAGUAGUUAUUAAAUGUUUGCUGAAUCUUAAUAUUCCAGCAUAAAUAAGCUGCAUCAUCAAGUUUGACCAGCUAUUCAAAUCUCAGAUAUACAUAUGGUAAUCACGUCUGUAUUCCACAGACUUAUAGACUGCAUCGCUAAAAUCAGAGUUCUUUUUUUGUAGAUUAGGUGUUACCGUUUCAUUUAGAACUCGUUUGUCAAUCGAUUUACAGCACUAAUGAAUUAUUCAUCACUUAUAUUGUAAUGAACGAGAACGCAGCUGGGGACAACCAAUUAUAUUUUAGUGAAAAUUCCCAUUUUGCCAUAUGGUAAAUAAAGAAGGAACGAAUUGAGCGAAGAAAUUUCUUUUCAAUUAGUUUUUCAUCAUGGCUCUACACUAAUAUAUUUUAUAUUGGGCGUACAAUUCGUCAAGUCCGUCAUCGCAUUACUGAACAUCAUCCGUCGUGGUUAAAUAAAGGACAGGUAAAAGUGAUUAAAAGUUCUAUUCUCUCUCACUUGGUUGACACAGGGUAUCAAGUCGAAUUGAAUAAACUUUUAAGGGUAUCUACAAUAUCCCAUCAAAUUUGCCACAUGGUUUACGAGUGCGCCUCUUGAACAUUGCGGAAGCCAUCGCAAUCCAUGUUCAUAAACCUGACCUUUGCAUUCAAAAGAGAUUCGUACAACCACUUUCUCUGCCCUGGCCAUCAGUUUAAGAUUCCCUUCAAAAGAACUAAUUUUCAUACUUCUUCCACUUGGGUUUUUUUAACUUUUGUAAUUUUAUUUCUGUUGCUUUUGGAACUUAAUAACUUCUCAACAUUCAUCUCUUGAUUCUUACGUAACUACCAUCCUCUUGACCAUCCGUUAAAAUUCUGUUCCUUCUUUGUUUCUUACAUUACGCAACGUAGCAACUUCUUGAUCAAUUUGAAUAUUAAAAAUCCUCUUUCUUCCAAUUAAUCAAUGUUAAUUUAAAUGUCAUUAUGUAAUUAUUACGUAACAUAUCUACUCUAUGAGUAUUAUAUCAUUAUUGUAAAUCAUAUAUUAGUGUAGAGUCAUGAUGAAAAACUAAUUGAAAAGAAAUUAUAUUUUAACAUAAAAUACAGAGUUCUUUCGCCAAAUGUGUAAACCAUACGUUCAAUACUUCAUUUGCAAAUCCUCCAUCACUUGUCUCAAACUUCAUGAUCCUUUCAUUGCCAUAACAAUUACUCUCUGUUUCCAUUCUCUUUGUUUCGUUCUUUUCAACCUUCCGCUACCAAGCAUCCCACUUUCCAUCGAUGUUAUAUACUACUUAUGUCGACAUAAGUAGCACACUAUAAUAUUUGUUUAUUUUCUCAUGCCACCGCGUGACUAGGUCAGUAGUUAGAUUAUUACAGGAGUUUAUAUGUAUUCAUAAUCUUUGUUGUCACAUAAACUGACUCCUGCAGUUCGCAGUUCAUUGGUCUAACAGUAGUGAUAGAUGGAAUGAAAGUUAAAUAUCCUGGCAGUACCGAUUAAAAUUCAUCUAUUAUUCGUUUAAAUAUUUUAAAAGUUUGAUUUAAUUUUGUUUUAUUAUUUAGGCUGAUCAUGAAAAAGUUAUCAGCGGUUCAUAUGAUUGUACAAUACGGCUAUGGAGUAUAAUCAGUGGUCAAAUGAAAAGAAUUUUCCGGUGAGUGUGUUAUAUAUAUAUCACUAUUCUCGUUAUAUUAUCACAACAGAUAUAACACUUAGAUAUUGUUAUAAUUUCCUGAAUACUCUGUACUGUAAGUCCUCUAACACCGUUACUACAUGGUUUAACUGUCGACUGUCCACAUAGUCUCAUCUACUCAUUAAACUACCAAACAAAAUACCUGAAAGACCAUGUAAUUACCUAGUAGUACUCUUUUCUUUUCAGACUCAAAAUAUCGCUUUACUUUAUACGUAAAAUACAAGAUCAACCCGCUACAUAAAUAAAAAGUCUCGGUAUGUACAUAACUUGGAUGUUUCCUGCAAAAACUUAGGUAAUAGAUUUAUAGUUAUUUAACAGUUAUUUAUAAUUGAUAAAAGAUGUCCCAACAGUCAGAGUUUCGAAAGAGUUUACAGUUAGGACAAUAUAAAAAACGAUGAAAUGAUUAUUUAACAAGCGUAUAUAUAUAUAUGCCAACUGUCCUGAGAACAGCUCUCAAAUUUGCAAUUUUUUUCAGUUUGUGACAUGGUUCCAUGGUAUUAAAGAAAUUUGAACAGGACUAGCAUGUCAGUUCUUCACGACUCUCUGGUUCGGAGGUCAUAUAAAUAUUGCAAUGCAGUGGCUUAAUACGUUAUCAUAUAUGGUUUUCUAUUUGUUUUAAUGCUCGGUUUUACUUCGUCUAAUGUUAUAACGGUUGGGUUUGCAUGUCUACACGUAUGGGACGUUAAUUUACCUUAGACGAAUAUCUAUACUAGAUUCCCUUCAAGUGUCUAUUCUAAAGGACGUCAACACAACUCAGACCAAGAACACGUAAUUAGCCUGACCACAACGUAAAUAUAUUUCCGCACUAAAACCCGACACAAUCCAACAACAAUGAACAAUCAAUAAUAAGUGAGUCACAAUAAUAAUAAGGAUAGGGGAAUAUAUAACUCAUCUGACACCUGUCAGACUGUGGUGGCAGCAGAGAGACAAGAGGAUCAAACAGUAAAGAAUGGAUGCAGGAUGCAACUUGUAUGAAAAUGCAAGAACAAAAUGUAGUGAAGGAGAACACAGGUGAGGACAACCGAAUUAUAUUUAGCACAUUACAGAGUUAAUUGGUAAAAUAGAAAACCGUACUAUAAUACCUAAUUUGCAAAAUGUUCAAUAAUUGUCUCGGACUUCAUUGUUCCUGCAUUUCUAUACUAACUGCUUUCUUUUCCCGUUCUUCCUUUCUUGAUCUUCCCAAUCUUUUGCUGCCAGACAUUACAUUCCUGACUCGCGUUAUAUACUACUUAUGUCGUUAUAAGUAGCACGCACCACAAGACUAUCUACAUGUCUGACUAAGCAGACAAACAAUCAUUAUCAUUCUCGCCCACACAUCAUUAUUAUAAGUUGACAUUCAGAGAAUUUCAGAAAUAUUUAAAAAUAAAUGUAUUCUUACUUUUGUUCUGUUCAUAGAGGUCACUCAGCUGGUAUAACGUGUUUAGUGUACAGCGGUAAUUUUUUAUAUUCUGGCUCUUUAGAUAAUACAGUUCGGGUAAGUUUCCUGAUUUAUUGAUAAAAAUAAUACUCACUUUUUGUGAGAUAAAUACGAAUUUUUAUGAUAUGUGUUUUUUGAUAGCUCGAUGAGUAAAAAAGUGUAAUUCUGACAUCUCGUGAAAUAAUGUAAGUCCCUUAUUCGGAGUAAAUACAUAACACAAGUUUAAAUAGUACAAAAGAAACAAUGCAGAAUAUACUCUGUAUAGUCAAAAUCAUAAUAGAUGUGAAUACAUAAACGUCAAGUUAUUUCUGGUCAAUGUGAAUUUGUAUAACCUGUCACAGUAUUAAUUUGAAGUGGUGGGGAUGAAACUGUGUGUGUGUGUGUGUAGAUUGUGGGUAAAAAAAAUAUAAGGUCGAAUCUCGUUAUUCGGAUAAACAGUCCAAGUUGGAUGAAUAUUCAGGCCUUCUUUUCUAUUAAGGGCAAACUGAUUUUACAUUUUAUGAAACGCUACUCGCCCCUCUUUAUAGUUGGAAAAGCCUUCGUGAAUUAUUUUGAUAUCAAUUUGGUGAUUAUUGAAUAUAACAUGUACUGUUGUUGCUGAUUACUCUUGUAGAUUUUCAAAUUCUACAGGAUUAUUAGAUCUUUUAGUGAGUUUAACCAAACAACUACAUUUGGUCUUAUUUGUUUUCUGCAUUGUUUCCUUUGUACUAUUUAGAAUUGUACUAAUUUUAUUACGGUUCUUUAUUUACUCUGAGGAAGUGGCUUACAUCAAGUCACGAAACGUUAGAAAUACAGUUUAUUACUUAUUGGGUUAUCAAAAAAAUAUUAACUUUCUACCUAAUGCACAAUUUAUUGACAGCUAUCAAAUCCUAACUUGUGAUUGAUAUCUACAAAUUGUUUGCUUAUACACAUUCAUAUAAUUUGUUAUUUCAAUAACUAUAUUAAACACAGAAAUCCCCUUCUUUUAAAAAAAACAUAUUGUACACAAACUGAGUCAAGAAUAACUUUGAUGUUUAUUUGUCAUCUAUAGUGUAUUUACUCGGCCAUGCAAAACAAACCAAAUAGUUAAAUUCUUUAGAUUUUCUAAUAGUUCAUGUUUACGGAUCGAUUCACUUAGCAGGAAUAUUGUACUAAUUUUAUUAAAUAAUAAUACUGUUAUAAUUCUCUCUUAUUACAACCCAGCUAUUUCUAUUGCUUAGUAUUCUUGGACACCAAUUCACUGGACAAGUUCCCAAAUCAGAACACGGUUGAACAGGAAAGAAAUUAUAUUCCAAAUAACAAGGGUAGAUGGAAGUAAGAAGCACAAUAAGAGAAAUGUUAGUAUAUUCAUAGUUUUUUACACGAGAGGAUUACAGAGUGUUUUUCAAGUAUCGACAGCGAGACUCUAAUUUAUAGACGAGCCAACCAGAAGCGUUUGAGCAACUUCAAGGUCAUGAAGCUAAGUUCAACACCUGAUGCUCACAUACGACCGGUUUACAGCGGAUUUUAGAGAUAAAGUGAUUAUUGAGAGGCUACAAGAGAUGAGAUUACUAAGAAGUUCCUAUACCAGUGACUGCGGUUAUCAAAUGACUGAAGUAAAGUGUGCAGACUACAGUGAUGAGAUUGUAUUUCGUUGUUCUUUAUGUUGGAGGAAAAAGCCUGUUCGAAAGAAGACUUUCUUCGCUCGAUCGUGACUGAAACUGAGGCAGAUCAUGAUAAUAGUUGCAAAUUGGAUAAUAAAGACACCAGUAACACUGGCUGCGGCGUUUGCAGAUGUUACUGAAACUUCAGCAGUUCAGUGGUAUGAGUAUUGUUGUGACAUGUAUGCAAUUAAAAUGACACGUCUACACCAAUCAUUCGGAGGAAUAGGAUGUAUUGUGGAGAUAGAUGAAGCAGUAAUGAGAAAGCGAAAAUACGAUAGGGGACGUAGUGUCAAGGAAGAUUGGGUAUUUUGAAUUUAUGAUCGAUCAACGCAAAAGGGGCAUUUUCAGAGGGUCAGAAACCAGCAAGCAAGCACAAUAAUACCAAUUAUACAGGAAUACGUGCAGCCGGGCACUACAGUAUAUACGGAUGAUUGGAGAGCUUAUAGAUGCCUACAUAGACUUGGGCGUAUGCAUAAUGUCGUAGUGUACAAGCGCCAUUUCGUCGACCCUACAACCGGCGUUCAUACUAAUAAUAUUGAAGUCAUGUGGUCCAGACUGAAAGAAUUUUUAAAACCCUAGCACGGCUCUAGAGGACGACUAUUAUGGAGCCAUAUGGACGAGUUCCUAUAUCGUAUGCAUUAUGAUUUCAGAACAUCUGAACCUUUAUCAAACCUUAACAAGCUUUUAAAUCAUGUAGAAGAAGAAUGUCCACUGUAAUUCAUUAGUUUCUUAUAAUAUAUUUUUACUUUAUACUAACUGUCUCCUGAUUGGCUAAUAAUUCUCAAGGUCAUUUAAGAUUCGUUCAGGGUUCGUCCAUAAAUUAGAGUCUCGCCGUAUCGACUAGCGCUGAUUGGCUAACUCUUAUUCAAUCAGCAUGCAUCAACGCAAUCGUGCAUUGAGUAUGCUUUAAUCUAAUAUAUGUCCCGCUAACAAAUGUAUAAUAGACUUAUUUACCAGGAAUCCUUGUGUUUGCACGGAGAAUUAUUUUAUUUUAGUAGUUUUUAUCUACUCCGAUUAUAGUAUAUUUUCCAUUUUUAUAGAAAACAUUUUGUUGUUGUCGAUCGGUUAGAUUAUUUGAAUAGUGUAAUGAGAAUGGUAAAGAUUAUCACAACUAUGUGAUAUAUAAGCGAAAUAUAUUUCGAACAAUCUGAUUACACAUAUACUUGUUAAUAAUAUUUAUAUAUAAAAAUACAAAAGUCAACUAAACAAAUGGGGUGCUAAGAGAAAACAAAGAUAAUCAAGAGAGUAAUAUGAAAAACAAUGUGAAACUCAUCAUGGUGGGUAGUAAACUAAUAUUACCAGGCUAGAUUACGCUAAUAUGUCAUAUAGUUCUGAUAAUCUUGAUCUUCUCAUUACACUACAUAAAUUUAUCAAAGGGUUAGAUUAUUGUUGAUUUGUCUGACUUGUUUUGAAUCAAAAUAAACUAACCAAUAGGUAAUAUUCGAACACUGUGUACAAUGUACACAAAUAAAACAUUAGAUUCAUAAACAUAUAUCUAUGAUUUUAAGUAAUAAUUCUUAUUAAAACAACUCAUAUUUAUUGUUGAUUGUAAUUAUUGUAAUUGGUACAGUUGUCAGUUGAUUUUCUCUUAAAAAAUGUAUAAUAAGGCUAUUUUAUUUAUUUUUCUAUUUGAACACAUAAAUAUUGGUACAGAGGGACGCCAAAUAUAUGUGCGCCAUACAAUUCACUUGAUUUGUGUGUGGGCUGUGAUACUUCCCGGAUGCGCAGACCGAAACGGGUAGUUUUCUUAGGAGACCACACACGGAGCCUUCGAUCUUAAGGUCUGAUGCACAAGGUAGUGGGGCAAUGUCAUGAGAUGCAGUCCCAUGGUAGUCGGUGACCAGCGAUUGGUUCAUACGCCAUUUGUUCCCUUGAGGUACUGGAGCCCAUAUACACCACUGGUAUGGAAUCAGGGUUUUCCAACUCCUCUACGUGAAUCCUCCAUAUCCACCAACCCAGUUAAAGGGCCAGACAUUCGCUUUUCAUCCUCUCAAUAUCGUUAACAACGUCCCUGUCUUGAGAAGGCAGUGAGUAAAGCUUCCCUGGUAGUGGUUGUAUGUACAUGGUCAUGUGAAAGCAUUUCGAGAGGUAAAGCUGACUCUCCCCACCCUCGGCAGUAUCGGCGCAUUUGGGGGCUAUGAUAAUGUUAACUAGUAUUAUUUGUUUAUAUCUUAAAAUGACGCUAUUUGAAGUGUAUGUUUUUAAUAAUUAAUCUUUUAACAAUGUUGUUAAUUUAGCUUAUCGAUUUGGCCUAUGGUCAAUUAGUUCGUUCUUAAUUGUUUUCAAUAUUUUAAAAAAAUACAGGUUCUUAUCGUAUACAUAAUUCAUGAUUAACUAACAUGUGUCAUGAUACUGAACUUUCUCAACCUACUCUUAUCUAGAUAAUCGCACACUUUCAUUUAAUGUAAUAAAACGUUUUCUUACAUUGAAGCGAGGCUUCUUGGUGAAGAUUAUUUUAAUUUACAAUUUAUGUGAGGCCGUAUCAAUUGAAAUGCAGCUAACUAAACGAGUAUAUGGUCAGUCAGCUACAACGUAGGACCAGGCACAUAUGUGCAUCUGUCCAAGUUUUGCCAUACCUCAUUAGCACAACAAGAUGAACUCAUAGAAGUAGUGGUUGUAAUACAUAAAAGAAAGAUUGCAUAUGAGGACAUAGUGCAGGAAGAAGAAUUAGUUGGUAGAAGGAAAGAUGAGGCGAUUUUAAUCCCAUAGUUUAAGGGAAGACAGAGAGUGUAUACACCUACGCCAUUGUGAUCGAUUCUUAGCCAUGUCACCCAGAGUCUUCAAUCACUGGUAAUGAUUGUCACGCGGACCCCAACCAAAUAGUCUGCAUCUACCAACAUGGCUCGGACCAGAAUUUAGUGACUUCAAGCACUGAUGCCACAUUUUGGCUUGGCAGCCCCUAACCUUCGUCCAACCAUCCCCCCACUAGUCAGCAUUGCGCGUCGUUGUAAUCGGUGUUCAAGCAACCAUCUCAGUCGAUGAAGAUUUACAACCUCAUCAUUCCCCAAUAUCCUGCAUCUAGCCUCACUAUUAUACACCCGUUGAUCUCAGCAGAUGCGAGCAACAUUUCUAAGGCAUCUGUGGUCAAAUAUUAGUAGCUUACGAAUAUCUUCAACUCCUAAUGGCCACGUUUCGCAGCCAUAAAGUAGAACAGAACGAACUGCCACACAGUAUACUCGUCCUUUUAUUGAUAGACGGACAUUUCGCCUUCUCCAUAAUACGAGUAUAUGGAGUUAUUUGGAAUAUAGAAAAAUGAUGAAUCCUGUGGUGUACUGUACUCUAAAACGCUAUUGAAAGGCUAAUUCAGCGUGUUCUUUUUAAAUAUAUGCGAUAGUGUCAUAAAUAUAAAGCUUAAGAAUUUAGAUCCAUUGAAUCACAGUUUAUUUCAAAUAUCUUACGAAAUAAUUGAAAUCAUGAUUUCAACUGUUACAAUCUCAACUGAGAAUUUCAUUAUAUUUACAACAAUAAAAAUCCUAAAUAGUUUAGAAAAACUGGCUAACUGUUAUACACAAAGAAAACUAUUUAAAAUAAACAGUAUCAUAAAAAUAACAGCUUGUGAUAGUUGAGACUUCAGAUCAAAUUAAUUAAAUGUAAUAUGUCCAGAUUAUACACAUUCUGAACUUCAUAAUUCAUAAACAUAUCCUAACCCUUAAGGAAGUCAGCUUAAUAUUCCAGAAGAGAGUGUAGAUAUAUAUGGUUUUACCAAAUAAACCAGUCAGUAUAAUCAUUUAUAACCAGUAAAUGGUUUCUUUAGUUUCAAGUUUUUAAAUUCUAGAAAUAUUUCGUUACUUCAAAAUUGCAAUUUUUCAAAUUAUUUCCACUUGAACAUUUCUUUCAUUAUAUGAUUGUUUUUCAGAUAUGGAAUAUCUCAACUGGUGUAUGUUAUCAUACACUUAUUCGACCAAUUUAUAGAAAUAAUUUGACAGAAACAGCUGUAUUUUCUUCCUCAGUUUCAUGCUUACACUUGGAUUAUUCACAGAAUAGACUUGUUGUAGCUUAUCAUGAUGGUACAGUAUUAGCAAAACAUUUAUCAGCAUUUAAUCCAUUGAUAAAUGGUCAUAACCAUGACAUCAGCCUUACAAAUACUGCUAAUAAUAAUAACAGUAGUAUAACGUGGGCAUUUUAUCCGAGUACGAUAUAUUUAGAUGAAUACUUAUAUAAAACUGAUUAUAAAUCGGGCAGUUUAAUACGAUGUUUAACUGGUGAUGCAUGGCAUAUAAUAUGUGGUUCCGAUGAUAAAUCCAUUAAAGUUAUUCAUAUAUCUGAUACAUACUCAUAAAAUGAAUUAUGAUUGAUCAAAUAGUGAUUUAAUGAAUAUAUAAUAACUUUUUAACUUUCGUGCUCCAUUUUAAAACUGAAAACAGACCACAAUACCCUGAAAAUUCAUAUUUAUAUAUGACCUGACCUUUGCAUUCAAAAGAGAUUCGUACAAUCACUUUCCCUGCCCUGGCCAUCAGUUUAAGAUUUCCUUCAAAAGAACUAUUUUUCAUACUUCCUUUUUUUUUUUAACUUUUGUAAUUUUAUUUCUGUUGCUUUUGGAACUUAAUAACUUCUCAACAUUCAUCUCUUGAUUCUUACGUAACUACCAUCCUCUUGACCAUCCGUUAAAAUUCUGUUCCUUCUUUGUUUCUUACAUUACGCAACGUAGCAACUUCUUGAUCAAUUUGAAUAUUAAAAAUCCUCUUUCUUCCAAUUAAUCAAUGUUAAUUUAAAUGUCAUUAUGUAAUUAUUACGUAACAUAUCUACUCUAUGAGUAUUAUAUCAUUAUUGUAAAUCAUAUAUUAGUGUAGAGUCAUGAUGAAAAACUAAUUGAAAAGAAAUUUCUUCGCUCAAUUCGUUUCUUCUUUAUUUACCAAAUCGCAAAAUGGGAAUUUUCACUAUAUUUAUUAAUUUGGUUUAUAUUUCUACUUAACGCUUAUCAACAUUUUUUAUUCUAAUCCGAAUGUUUUGUACCUGUCCUUUUAUUGAAAUACAAACUACAAAUUUUGUAUUCUUCUAUAAGUCUCUUUCAUUUUGUCAAACAUCUCUAGUUGUGGAAUAUCAUAGCUGGUUUUUUACAAACUAAUACAAGCACAGAUUACUUACCAAGACUUAUACAUUGUAAGAAAAGGGAGAAUACUGUAAAUACAUUUAACUGUCAUAAGCUUAUGACCCAAAAAUGUCAAUGUCCUUAAUUAUCCAGCACGCUAAUUAUCAAUUGCUUUUAAUCAUGGUUAGAUAAUUUUCACACUUAAAUGUGGAUAUUGGGUAAAAUAAUAGAAUUUUCACUGUGUUAAGUUACUAAUAAUAUCAUCAAACCCGACUUCAUACAACAAAUUACCGUAAAUUUUUCGUCUGCAUGAUAACUUGUAUUUCUGUUAUGCUUCUGCUAAUUAACUUUCUACUUAUUCUGUUGUUACACCGUUUGUUCUUGCAUUCGUUGUAAAGUUGAAUAUUGAUAAUUCAAUUAAUCGAAUUCAUGUGUACCCCUUUUACGAACCUAUUACAUCACCUCUUUCUAGGCCACUUCCCACCUAGAUUUAUACAUUUUCUAGAUUGUUCUUCUAAUUAUGUACAUACAUCUAAAUUCAUAAAUUACCUUUGUCGUUUCAAGUCGUCGUAGAUAUUCGCUUCAGUUUCUCAAUAUCAUUCUGUCUUUCAACAAACGUUUUGUUAUAGUAUAUGCUAUUUAUACGGAUAGAUAAAAGUAUUAUGUAUCAGGAAUUGAAAAUAGGAUUCUUACCGAAGUGAAAAGUGGAGAAAGAAAAAAGUAGUCAGAUUAAAAAUAUGAAUGGAAGGACAUUGAAGUUUAUAAGAUACAAUUCAAGGCAAAUGUCUAAAUUAUGUCUUCACAAUGUAUGUUUUUCAUAUUUUAUAAAUGCAGUGUGUGAUUUUGCUUGAUACAAUAAAUUGGUUCAUCCUACCCAAAUCUUUGUUCAUUACAUUGGUAAUUCAAUGAAAACUUUUUAGAGUUGUCUAGAAUUUACAAAAUAUAGUGAGUUCAUAAUAAUUUUGUUCAAACAUUUUCCCUGAUUUUACUUAUACUUUUGUUGUUUUGUUCUUUUUUCUUUACCAUAAAUUAGGUUUGGCAAGUAGGUGAUAAUAAAUUUGUCCAUAGUUUACAAGAACAUGAAGAUGGUGUAACAUGUGCUGUGAUAUCAGGUUCUGUAAUUAUUUCUGGUUCUUAUGAUAAAACUGUCAUACUUUAUGACUUUGAUGUAAUUUAAGUAGUUUAUACUGUUGUUAUUAUUAUUAUUGACAGUUUUACGUUUUAUCAUAUCAUCUGGUCAUUGGACACUUUUUUGACCUAUUUGAUCAUUUCUUAUUUUAAUGGGUCUUUCUCGAACAAUCUUUUCUUCUUUUAUCUCACAUUUAUUCUUUGUUUCAAUGGUCACUAUAAACUGGAUAUCGUAGUUGGUAGUAGUAUUUCAUUGAUUUUAUUUUACCUUGUCACUGUAUUUUCUCCCUAUAUAUUAUGAAUUUGAGCGAUUCCCAUCCCUUCAAACUAUGUUGUUUUGAUUUUUUAAGUAUUUUUUUUCGAAAAUGUUACUGGAGUUCGAACUUUAAAAAGAAUAUAUUCUAUUCUUGAUAGUCUGUCACAAAAUAAACAAGCUAUCAUUUUAUUAUGUAGGACAUACUCCGAAUUUCCUUUUGUUUUGAGCAUUUUUAUAAUAUUUAUUAAUUUCACUUCAUUGUUGACUUUAUUACUUAUUGUAAGUCUUUGUUUAAUAAAAUUUCUUCAUGUCGUGUUUUGAAUACCUUAGUUUAAUUAUUCUGAUAUGUUUGUCUAAUUCUCUCAGUUUAUUGUUCCGUUAUAAUUGAAGUGAUAUUUUAAAUAGUCCGAUAUAGUCGUGUAAUUGUAGAUAAGACUGGGUUUACUAAAGAAUUAUGAACACGUCAGUUAUUCGCAUCAAUUCAACUAUCUGUUCAAUGUUAUUAGCAUUAUAAUUAUUAGACUAGGAUCACCAUAUAAUAAUACAGGUGUCGAUUUCUGAAGUUUCCGCCUAUCUUUUACACCCUAUAAAAAACCUGUUUCCAAAUCGGAUAUUUGUAAGUGAUACACAUUUAGUUUGUGUUUUUC